AUGAACAUUUUGACAAAACAUUUCUACUACAACUCCCAGCAUGCUCUCAAAUUCAUCAAAGGCUGCUGGUCAGAGAGGACCGAGGUGCACGAGGCGGCCUCCGAGGGACAUGCUGCCCAGCUGCAGCAACUCAUCCAGAGCGGAGCCUCUGUCAACAUAGUGGCUGUGGACUCCAUCACCCCCCUCCAUGAAGCAUGUGAAAGGGGGCAGACCCAGUGUGUCAGGCUGCUACUGGAUGCUGGAGCACAGGUGGAUGCCCGUAACACGGACGGUAGCACCCCUCUGUGUGAGGCCUGCUCGGUUGGGAGCUUUGACUGUGUGAGGAUCCUGCUGGAGCAUGGGGCCAAUGUGAACCCCACCCUCUCUUCCCGGACCACCUCACCCCUACACGAAGCUUGCAUGGGGGGUAAUGCUGACGUUGUGAAGAUCAUGAUCGCUAAAGGUGCCAGUCUGGAGGCAUAUGACCUGUACUAUGGGACCCCAUUGCACGUGGCGUGUGCCAACGACCACACGGCCUGUGUCAAGGCGCUACUCAACGCAGGUGCCAAAGUGAAUUAUGCUCGGCUGCACAAGACGGCCCUGCACCAUGCUGCUAAAGUGAAGAGUGUUGACAUGAUCGACAUGCUGGUGGAGUUUGGGGCGAACAUCUACGCCAAAGACAAAAACGAUAAGAAGCCCAUUGACUACAUCGAACCCGGUUCUCCCGCUGCACUCUGCCUAGAGUUUUAUGAAAGUACUCCAUUGAGUCUGCAGCAGCUGAGCAGAGUGACCCUGAGGGCGAUGCUGGGUAGCAGAGCUCUGGAGGUCGUAGUUCAACUGGACAUACCAAAGCAAAUCAUUCGCUUCCUAUGUUACCACUGACCCUGAUACCAUUAUCUUACUAAGGUGAAGGAAGGAAGCUCAGAGACUGAAACCUUUAAAAAAAUCAAAAUAAACAUCACAAUCAUCAAAAUGCUACAGUCUGAACCUUAGAUGCCACUAGAUUAGAUGCAUAAAAAUAAUAUGCAUACAGCAAAGCACAGGUUUCCAAACAAACAGUAUUUUUAAGCGGAGCACUUUUCUCUUUGAUGUCUUCAGAAUUUGUGCCAUAUCAUCACAUUAGAUACAUAUUUAAAGAACAGGAGCAUAAGGAGGUUUUAAUGGGGACUUUUUACAUACAGUUUAUUCCUUGAACUCCCAUAUCUCGUAAACCUACAUAAAAUACAAAUGGAGGCCCUCAGGGAAAACAAGGGAGAGGGGGAGAGGAGAAAAUAAAUGGAGAGGAAGUGAUUUUGGCAGCUGAUCCUGUCCACUCUGCAACACCGUCUGUGGACACUACACCAGCAUCUUAGACGCCAUGACAACGCGGCAACAACACAACCGUUAGCAACACAUCCCAGAUCUCCGGUACAUCCUCAAGGAUGAGAAACGGUGUUGCAGCAGGAGGAUGAGCGGCGUUCCCGUUGACAAUCUCCAGAUGUCACUGUGUAUCCCAGAUUCCUCCCUGACAUCGGAACGGAAACCACACCUGACAACUGGAUGUGUUUGAGGCGGACGUGGAAUCCAGGCAGCAGAGAAACACCAUGGGAAACGAUCCUGUUUUUUUACUGUUGGUGCCUCUGAUCUGUUGCAUCCGCUAUAGCUGAGACGGCCCAGGCCUGAAUACGGUGUCUGUUUUUGGGGUGUGUGAUAAGUGUGUGUGGAUUCCUCAGAGUUGCACGAUGUCUCUGGUCACUGUAUUGAUACUGUUAUUAUUUGACAUAACCCGUCUUAAUAAUGGGAACAGAGGAAUAUGUCUGUUAUCAACAUGAUGUCUAUGUAAGGCAACGUGCAUUAAUCACAAAGUGUGUUUCUAAAAUAUUAUGACCUAUUUAAUCUUUCCCCACUGGCCACACGACCUCAUUUCAGUGUGGGUAAAAUUUGGUUGAGAUGUUAAUCAAUGAGAUUACAACCUAUAUUGACCCACUCAAAUUAAAUUCCAAUAGAAAAAAGUUGUCACCCAAAUGUUUAUCGCUGCGCUUUCAACAUUUUUAAAGCACAACAAAGCUCAAAUGGGAAUACAAUGUCAGCUAUUGAUAAAUCACUGUGCUUAAUCUAAUAGCAGGACCAUAUAACCUGGAUUUCAGUUGAGAUGACAUCAAAACUACACGGGUGCAAUAGAUCAAUGCCAUUUGAGAUUCUGUGCAGAUUAUUACAGAAGUUGUGAAGAUCUCCACAGACCUGUGAUCUAUGUACGCUUUUUUGCACAUACACGCUUUAUAUGAUUACAGUAACCUCAAAAUGUGGUCAUGGAUGUGUUACUCACUUUUCAAGUUUGAAUGUUACAUGAGUUUUUUUAAGAUAGUCUAAAGUUAAGGUGUUUUACUGUGUUACAAAAGUAAUAUUGUGUUUUCUUGACAACGCAACCAAAUAUCAACAUUUUAAAGGAGAUUUAUCUUCAGCUUGGAUAGUUCCAUCCGAGCCACUGACUUAGUCUGGCUUUAAUUCCAGUUUGUCUACAAAUUAAUUAUUGCUAUGUUGGAUUCACAUCUCCAUCUCAACCAAAAAUGAACGUGUUUUCCAUAUAGAUUCCACGUCACAAUAUGUUGACAAAUUAUGUUGAAAAAAAACGCUCAAAGUCCAGCGGAAGUGACUAUCCUCUCAGAUAAUGCAUCUGUUUAACCCGUUUUGUGAACUGUCAAGUUUUUGAAUGCACUCGAAAAGCAAAAUAUGCACACGAAAAGCAACUUCUUAGGGAUAGCCGCCUUUUUUUCAAUUUGGGCCUGAAUGACAUACCCAAAUCUAACUGCCUGUAGCUCAGGCCCUGAAGCAAGGAUAUGCAUAUUCUUGGUACCAUUCGAAAGGAAACACUUUGAAGUUUGUGGAAAUGCGAAUUGAAUGUAGGAGAAUAUAACACAAUAGAUCUGGUAGAAGAAAAUAUAAAGAAAAAAACAACCUCUCUUUUUCUACCACCAUCUUUGAAAUGCAAGAGAAAGGUCGUAGUUAUAGCCAUCACUCUGGUUGUAAUUCCGGUGGUGUCCACAAGAUGGCAGCAGUGUAUGUGAAACGUUUCAGAUGGAUUACUUGAAAAAUUUGUGAACAACGAGACUUUUAGUGUGAAGUCUCUAGGUACAUUUGGGCAAAUCGUGAAGGAGACAUUCGCAUUCGUAUUCCAUUUUUCAGCAAGAAUAUCGUCAAAUCUGUAUACUUGGACUUUGAUUUAGCUUUCCAAGUAUUAGUAGCCAUAUUAUAAGUUCAACAUUUGCAAAACAACCAGUUUUCAUAACUCUGAAUAUCCUUAUAAUUGUUGUCCAAAAUGAAAAGGCAUGCUGUCGUAUUAGUUUAGUAGCUACAUUUUACAACAUAUACAUGGCUCCCAUAAAGCCCAGCUCAUUGGCUAUCUAACUAGCUUUGUUUGACCCCGAUUGGUGCUUAUUUGACAAAGAUACAGUCGUUCAAGUGAUGGCCACCCGCGUCAUCGGCGUGCCAUGAAGGCUUUGCUCUCUGACCAAAUAUGGUGUCCUAUAGGAUAUACUACACCCCUAAUGAAAUAGUGAAGUCUCUUUACCUUCUAGGAUCUCUGAGGAAUAGAUACAAAUGUGAUUUGACUCGUUGAAACAGCGUUUAGGGUGAGAUUUUCACAGAUUCCUUUCUUUGCAAAGUGAACGAGUGGAAAUACAAAAUCGAUCGUGCAUGCUAUAUGGAUUUUUUUAGGAUAUGAAAAAUGAUUUUAUCUAACAGAACAACACUUCAUGUUAUCUCUGGGGCCCUCUGGAUGAUAAAUCAGAGCAAGAUUUCAGAUUGUUAGUUCACAGUUCACCUUCAGAUGUGAAUUUAUCAAACCUAUCGCGAAGAAAAAAGUGUUUUGUUAGGAGCUCUCCUCAAACAAUAGCAUGGCAUUUUUUCGCAGUAGCUACUGUAAAUUGGACAGUGCAGUUAUAUUAACAAGAAUUUAAGAUUUCAGCCAAUACAAGAUACUUAUAUGUACCAACAUUUGUUGUUUCUCUAAAAAUCUGCGAUCUUGACAACGCGCUGCAUGGUUUACAACUGUCCCGUUGACGGAACGCUGAUCCGUUUAAGUCAGUAUCAUCAAUAAGUUCUAACAGCCCCCCCCAUUUAGCCUCCCUUCCAAAUCUGUGCUGAGACAGCAUGUCUGCUGGUCUAUUGAGUAAACGACAUGUGUGUCAAGUGUUAAGGUUGCUAGAUCAUCGCUUGCGGCAUUCGAGAGCUUUUUUCUUUCUACCACGACAGGAACCUAUUUGGAACUGUAUUCCGUGGAAACAACGCGGCCUCAUCCAUUACCGUCGGCCUCAUCCAUUACCGUUUCAACCAUCCAGAACACAUCCAUAAAUAACCUCAGGAGCAGAAAUAGCUGGAGCCCUCCCUGUUCACAUGAAGGAACGAAUAUAAAUACCCUCUUUAAAAAAAAAAAGCUUGUUAAAAUAACUGGACCCGGUCCAGAAGGGAUCUGCUUCUGCUAAGUCUUAAAAUAGGCUGACCAUGUAGAUGAUGGUUUGAAAGCAUUUUUCUCCAUCUUAACAUUAAGAUGAAGCAGACGGAGGAGACGACAACAGGCAUGAGAAGAAUGUUCAGUUAAAACAUAUUUGAACAAAUAAAACGUGCAAUUUGGGGAUUUUGGGUCAGCCUUUUAUUAAAAGGAAUGAUACACCUGUUUCAAAGGCACUUUCUCUGGCUGUUCAGAUAAGGCAAAACCAGUCAAAGGUAUCUGCACAGGGAUUUCAAACACCGGGUAUUUGGUGCUGUGCAGCCAACAUAGGUUAUUUUAUCCAUCAAGCAAUGUAACAUCAAAGUAGAAUGGAUCUAGCAUGCUGCCCACACUUGAUAAAGUAUAUUCCUGAAUCCGUAUUGGGUAUUAAGAAUGAUACAAAUAUCUAUUUAUUAUGAUACAUGUUUGUGUUACUGUUUAAAUCUGUCAGAGUCAAAUACUAUUGUAAUUAAUAUAUCCUCCCCGGAAAUGUAUGUAUAAAUGACUGUGUUGCUCUGUAUACUGUAAGACUGACAUUGUGUGUUAAUGAACGACAUUGUUGACAUGC